CAUAAUACCCGUGCGAACUAAACAGCACAAUCUUUCUUCUCUCCCCACUUCCCCGUCUCUGUUCGGCGAGGAGGAGCCCUAGGUUGAUUGUGCCCCUUUUCCUCCUUCGGAAGAACGUGCCUCGGAAGAGAGUAUGGUAGAGGAAACCAAGCUGCGGCCUGCUGAUUCUUUCUCCAUUAUCGACCCUCAAUCGUCCGUCUAUUAAGACUUAAGUGGCUUUCUGUUUUGUCAAUUCAGAGAUCAUUAUAACAAAAAAAGAUGAACGGAAAUGGGAAUGGGACAUUUAAUUCUCAGAUUUUGGUGGAUAAGUUGGCAAAACUUAAUAGUUCACAGCAAAGCAUAGAGACUUUAUCACACUGGUGCAUAUUCCAUAGAACGAAGGCAAGACAAGUUGUGGAAAUUUGGGACCGUCAAUUUCACCAUUCUCCACGUGAGCAGAGAUUAUCUUUUCUCUAUCUUGCAAAUGAUAUAUUGCAGAAUAGUCGGAGGAAGGGUGUAGAAUUUGUUAAUGAGUUUUGGAAGGUUCUUCCGGAUGCACUUAAUGAUUUAAUCGAGAAGGGGGAUGAUUUUGGAAGAAAAGCUGCUUUAAGACUGGUUGACAUAUGGGAAGAUAGGAAAGUCUUUGGUUCUCGUGGCCGUGUUUUGAAAGAAGAAAUCUUAGGUAGAAAUUCAGAAAACAUAAAGUCGAGUGAGAGAAAUACAAAUUACAAGUUGAAAUAUCCUGGUGGAGAAUUGCUUCAGAAGAUCAUCUCUGGUUAUGAGCUUAUUCAUAAUGAAAAUAUAGAUGAAGAUGCCUUGUUUGGAAGAUGUAGUACAGCUGUUAGUUCUCUGGAGAAAAUGGACCAGGAGAUUGGAAAAGAUGUCAGUCUUGGUAGUAUCGGUGGAUCUGGAGCUAUCGAGGAGUUGAAGGGUUGGCACAACAUUCUAAGAGACUGUGUUGGGCAAUUAAAGGUUGCAGAAUCAUCGAGGAUAACCCUACAGUCUCAUUUAAGAGAAGCACUGCACGAGCAGGAAUUGAAGAUUGAGCAGGUCCAUGAUCAGCUUCAGGUUGUUUUAUCCAGAUAUGAACAAUCAUCCAAUAUCUUGCUACAACUACAGAGCAUGAAUAAUAGUAACACAUCUCAACCACUUCCUGAAGAGAAACCCGAUGAACCUUCAGUCCCUAUUUCUGAUACUUCCGCCGCCUUCCCUGCCGAAACCUCCGCCAUUUCCAGCGAUUAUAAGCACGAAUCCGCACCCGUGAGAUACACCCAGCAACAACCUGCUCCCAUCCCUUGUGACAACUCGCUCCAAAACGACGAUGAACAGCGAAAAAAAACUGCCGCCGCUGAAGUAGCGGCGAAGCUCACCGCCUCCACCUCCUCUGCUCAGAUGCUCAGUUAUGUCCUCUCAUCCCUCGCUUCUGAAAGCAUAAUUGGUAAUCAAUCUAAGAACGAAGAUUAUUCUCCUCACACCAAGAGGCCCAAGGUUGAGAAUGGAGUUCCCCCCCUCUAUCUCCCUACUACUCCACCGUCAUCACAGCCACCGCCUCCCCCUUUCCCUCAUCCCGAUUCCAUCAACCCGCCACCGCCGCCAUCAUCGCCGCCAGCAAUACCUCCGUUGAUGCCUCCAUUAAUGCCACCGGCAAAUAUUUCACCGUUCAUUCAGGCGAACGGGCCGAUGGCUGGCGUCUUGCCCCCCUACAACUACGGUUCAUCACCGUUGCAGAUUCCGCCAUCGUUGACCCCACAUUUGGCGGUCAACAUGCCUCUCUAUUCCGUUCCCGCUAAUCCUUAUCAUGGUUUUCAGAUGUCGGAUGGCGGCGGGUCGUUUGGGCUUCGCCGACACCGCCGCCGCCACUCUCGAGGCAAUGAAAAGUUUCGACGAUUGUGAUGUCUCAGUUUAAAGAUUUGUUGGGUUAAGUGAUGGUCUUUGUUAGUAUGAUGUAAACAUAUACGGAGGGCAAAAUGAUGAGCGUGCAUGUAUAUUAUUUAGGUCAUUUUAACAGUCUUUUGCACGUGGUGGAGUAUUGAGGAGAUUACUGAGUUCUGAUUAUUUAUUUUAUGUUGUGUUAUUUUGAUUAGUUGAUAUAAUUGUAGUUCAAGAUUGAGUU